CCAUGGAGGAGCAGCCUGCCCCUCUGACGGGGAUGAGAGAACUCCCCAGAAGAAGCAGCCCCCAUGAGUGGCUAAUAUCCUUACAGAAUGCUCACGAUCAUCACGAUGACAAAGAAAGAGAGGGCGAGCAAGGAGAUGGAAGCAUCACUGCAUCGCAGAAAACCGGCUGCAUUCAGAGGGUUCCAACCAUGCUCCGCGAUGUCAAAGCUAACACCAAAUGCUACGAUCCCAUGAUGGUUUCCAUUGGCCCUAUCCAUUACGGCAAACCUCAUCUCCAGGCAGGGGAGACACUAAAGAAGAGAUUGGCAAGCCACUUUCUCUUGGGUAGGGAGACGAGGGAGAUCGAGUCCAUCUAUGCUGAGCUAGAAGAGAUGGUUUCAGAAGCAAGAAACCGCUAUGAAAGGGACUCCACAGAUAAGUUCAACGAUUAUGCUUUUGCGCAGCUGAUGUUCAUUGACGCUUGCUUCAUUCUGCAGUUCGUGGACUCAUGUCUGGAUGGACGGCUCUCGGAACUGAAGAUACAGAGUCGCGACGAAGGCUUCAUUAGGCGCGACUUGUUAUUGAUGGAGAAUCAGCUCCCUCUCAUGGUAGUUGAUAAAUUGAUGGAUUGGAAGCCUUUUCUAAGAAAUUAUCUGAUUAAUUACUUUAUUGUUAAGUACAUUGAGGUGCCUAUAUUAGGAAGGGAGCAGAUGGUGAUCAUUCAUAGGGAUUUGUAUGCCGAACUCCCCCUUCAUCUUCUCCAUCUUGUGCACAUACGCCUUGUUGGUCCGGAAGGGGGCCAGGAAGUGGGAUAUCAUACUGCAAUGAGUAACUGGUACAGAUAUCGAUCUGCCAAGAAGCUUGAGUCUGCGGGAAUACACAUCAGGCCAAGCAAAACUCUUCAUCUCACAGAUGUUCGUUUCCAGUCCAUUCGCUUGUCCGCAAAACUUGGACUACCCCCCAUAGCCAUCAAUAGCCAGACCAAAACCAUUCUUCUGAACUUGGCAGCCUACGAAACAUGCUACAAUGUGGAGGAUUCGUGGGUCACCUCCUACAUAUGCUUCAUGGAUUCACUCAUCGACGAUGUCGAAGACGUCACGGAGUUGGGUUCCAAUGGCGUAUUUCAUAACUUGCUCGGCACCAACCAGCAAGUGGCGGACCUCUUCAAUGACAUGGCAAACAGUUUGGUCCCCAAUCCGAAAAUUUAUUCUCACGCUAAAGUAUGCAUUGAAAGGCAUUUUGAGAACAAGGCGCAAAUUUGGAUGAGAGAGUGGUUGCGCUCCAACUUCACGUUUCUAGCUUUUGCUGGUGCAAUUGUUUCCAUUUUUCUGAGUUGCCUCCAGACUUACUACACCAUUUUCCCUCGCAAAUAGAGGUAGGGAAAUAAGAAAGGAUAGUGAUCCAACAUUGUUUACUGCAAAUAGAGAUAGAGAAUCAAGUAAGUACGUGGUUAUCAGAGGCCACGGGUGAGGCACUGUUUUGUUGGAUUUUUUGGAGAAGCUUAUUGGUUUAUUGGAGGAAGUAUAUUUUUCAAUAAAUCGUUGGUAUAGAGAAGAGAACAAAGUGACAGAAGACUUGACUCGAUAAUGGGCUAUGAGAAGGAAUAGUUUGUUUAUCAAUGGUAGUCAACUUUCUAAAAUUAGCAAUGAUUUGUAUAAAUUGAAGAAGAUGGGUACGAAUUGUAUAAGGUGUAUUUAGCUGAUUUUCCUUAUGCUUUAUGUUAUUUAUUUUUUGUUUUAUUUUGUUACGUGAAAUUUGUUUUGUAAGUCAUGUUUUAUUUUAUUUUAUUUUAUUUGGACUUAUAACCCGAUUUUUGGUUGGAUGUUA